AUGGAAAUAUAAAAUAAAAAAAUACGCUGUCUAACCCAAAAAGAAGCAGAAUAUCGAUCAAACUUAAUAUAAUAAGGCAGUAUAUCUUAUAAUCUAUUUAUAAAGAUAUGCAAAGGCGAAUAAUAUGAAGCUCACUUAAAAAUAAAAUUUUUUUCUCACCAAACCAUAUCAGAUUGCCAAAACCCUUUAUUUUUAGAUUUCUGUGGUAAAAAAAUUCAUUAACUAACAAUUAACAAUAUGCUCUAAAACGAAAUAAAAUGGGAUGGGAAUUAGAUUAACAUUCCAAACAUAAAAUAAGGUUAAAACAAAAUUGAGAUACAUUACGAAAAUAAUUAUGACAAAGAUGGUUUUGGUUUUCAUUCUUUUAAAGAUACUUAUAAUUAAUAAUAUAUCUACACUAAUUUUGUCGUUAUUUAUUGCAGAAGGGUGUUUCCUUGUUUUGAUUAACCUGACUUAAAGGCUGUUAUGAAACUAAAAGUUAUUUAUCCUUAAGAUUGGGUUAUUAUUUCAAAUGAAGAAGGAAAUCAAAAAAGAAUAUUUUCUGAAUAUUUAAAAGAAGGAAAAAAGCCCACAUAUUUAUUUGAUAAUUAAAAAAUAUAGAUUAAUCCAUAUGAAUAUUAUGUAUAGAUUUUCAAAAAAACAAAACUUUUGCCUUCGUAUCUUUUCGCAAUAAUGGCAGGUCCUUACAAAGAGAUAACUUGCUAAAAUUCCUACAAAAAAAUUCCAAUGAAAAUUUAUGUAAGAGAAUCGUUAAUGAAAUAUCUAUUGAAAUUAUCAGACUUCAUAUUUGAAAUAACUAACAAAAGUAUGCAAAUAUUUGAAGAUUUAUUCUAAACUGAAUUUGUUUUUUCAAAAUACGACUAAAUAUUUGUCCCAGAACUUACUUGGGGUGCAAUGGAAAAUGCAUCCAUAGUAGCUAUUAGCGAGAAUUCUUUGUUUAGAGAAGAUGUUGAUUCUACAAAAAAAACUCGUCUAGGAAUGACGGUUUCACAUGAAUUAUCACAUCAUUGGUUUGGGAAUUAUGUAACUAUGAAAUGGUGGAACGAUGUGUGGCUAAAUGAAUCUUUUGCAGAUUUUAUUUCACAUUAUGCAUUAUAUUUAAUUUAAAAAAAUUCUCCUAGUGAACAUCUUUUGGGUGAUAUUUGGACUGUUUUUAAUACAAGAAAGGCAUGGGGAUAUAAAUGUGAUUAAUAGGUAACUACUCAUCCUAUUUCUAGUGAUAAUCUAAAUAAUACAGAUAUGGCAGAGACAGUUUUUGAUGGAAUUACAUAUGCAAAAGGAGCAGCAGUAAUAAAAUAACUUUUUUUUUUGGUUUCAGAGAAAGCGUUUAGUGAAGCAAUGAAGAGUUAUUUUUAAAAAUUUGCGUAUAAAAAUAGCACUUUGGAUGACUUUAUUAAUUGCUUAGAAGAAUCUUUUCUAAAAAAUAAUUUUAAUUAAUCUUUUUCAUUAAAAAAAUGGAAAGUAGAAUGGAUUUGUAAAGCCGGAUUAAAUUCAGUAUAAGGGCUUAUUGAUUUAUAAAAUUAAAAUUUAAUAGUUGAGUAAAAAUGCACUUUAGAAAUGCAUCCUACAUUAAGAAAUCAUAAAAUAAAGGCUGCGUUUUUUAAUUCUUAAUGCCAAGUUAUUUAUGUUGUAGAUGCCUUUAUAUAGAACUAACCUCAUACAAUUAUUAAAUGUGAAUUUUUGAAAGAUUAUGGAUAAUAAGUUAAAGCUGUUUUAUUGAAUUAUUAAGAUGAAGCUUUUGUCAAAAUUAUUUUUGAUGAAAAUUCUUUAUAGUUUUUCAAAGAAAAUCUUUCUUUAAUUUAAUGUGAGUUAACUAGAACUUUAAUAUGGCAAGCUUUCCAUAAUAUGGUUAGAGAUGGUAUUUUAUCAUCAGAAGAAUAUUUAUAUUUAUUUAUAAAACAUAUAAAUAAUGAAUAAGCAGAAAGUUUGAUUAUAAAUUAAUUGGAAAUAUUAGAGGAAGCUAUAUUUUAAUUUACUCCUCAUAAAUAUAGAGAAUAUUUAAGUGACUAAGUAUUCGAUUUUAUUUCCAAAACUAUGUUAUAUAAUACUACUGUGGAAAAAUAAAAUUUGAAACUUUCUGUUAAAAAUUCUCUUAUUUCGUUUGCGUUGAGUGAAUAAAAAUUAUUCCAAAUAAUAGAUUGGUAUAAAGGAAAAAUAUGGCAAAACGAAGAACUUGGACUUAGAUUGUAAUGGAAAAUAGUCCAAACAUUAAUAGAAAAUAGCAAAAUUAGUCCAGAAAUAAAAGAAGAGAUUUUUAACACAUAAAAAGAAAAAGACAAAUCAGAUUAAUUUGCAAUAUUUUAGUAAUAUUAUAUAAGUAUAAAUUGUAAUUCUGAAGAAAAAUACAAAUUAUGGCUCUAUUACCUUGAUAAAAAUAAUAAUUAAUCAAAUAGAAUUAUUGAAGCUUCUAUGAAAGGUUUUCGUAUUGGCUUAUAAGAUCCUAAAAAGUAUGCCUAACUAUGGGCUGAAAAUCUAUAUAGUGUUUGGGAGGAAAGAAAUAAGGAGUUUUUCAAAAUUUUCUUUUAAAAUUUACAACCUUAUAGUGAAAAUUUUGAUGAAAAUCUAAAUAUUUUUUAUAAUCUGAAGAAUUAACAUCAAGAUAAUGAAACUUUUUAGAAAUUUUUAUUAGAAGCAAUAGAUAAUAACUAAAGGAAAUAAAAAGCUUUUUAAUUAUUUAUUAAUAAAACAAAUAUAAAAAUUUGA